AUGAUGCGAGUCGUUCGUCGACUGCCCUACGCUCGUAGAACCUCUGUCCGUCUCUUUCGACCUCAGGAUCUUCCUCUACAGCCUCUUGCCGUCAUUUUGGAUCCUCUACGAGCGUCUACCUCGUUCUACUUCGAAAGUUAUGCCAAUGUAACCACUUGUACCCAAACGCGUAACUUUUCAAAGGGAAUUGUCGAGUCUCCACGCGUGAAAUGGCCAUCGGAUUUAGCCAAGCGUGUACAUCGUCGUAUACGGAACUUUCCACGAAAUUACGAGGUCAAAAAACUUGUUAUGGAAGCAGGAAUGAACCCUGCCGAAUGGACACUUGCAGCUUCUAGUUUUUGUAAAUCGUUCCUUUCGGAACCGUUGAAAUACUUUGAAAACCAGACAGAACUCUUGGCCUUUGGACGGGACUUGGACCAUAUCAAACGACAUAGCUCGUUUAUCUUUUAUCCGUACUUUCUGGACUAUGCCAAGGCCAAUAAGUACUUGACCACGGACUCGGAUGAUGCCAAUGCCUUGUCACUUCAACAAAUUACAGACUUGAGAUUACCUCAUGAAAUGUACCCAUUUGCUACAGCAAUGAAGCGAAAAAUUAUUUACCAUGAAGGACCAACCAAUAGUGGCAAGACUCAUCAAGCUUUAGAGCGAUUAAAACUAGCAGAAGAAGAUGGAGGUAUUUAUUGUGGCCCCCUGCGUCUCUUGGCGCUUGAAAUUUUCGAGCGGAUGAACAGUGAUGGAAUUUAUACGUCAUUGGUGACGGGACAAGAAAAGAAAAUGGUACCUUACUCGACACAUGUAUCGUGUACGGUCGAGAUGGCAAACAUUAAUCGGCCAUGGGAUGUUGCUGUGAUUGAUGAGAUUCAGUUGAUUGGAGAUCCGCAGCGGGGGUGGGCAUGGACCCGUGCACUUUUUGGACUACAAGCAAAGGAGAUUCAUGUUUGUGGAUCAGGUGAAGCGGUGGACCUUGUCAAGAAAUUUGCCGAGAUUGCAGGAGAUGACUUUGAGUUGCGUUCGUACGAACGCCGCUCGCCGCUCGUGAUUUCAAGCACUCACUUGAACAAUUACAACAAAAUUCGCCCUGGCGAUUGUGUGGUGGCAUUUUCACGUCGUGAUAUCUUUCAGAUUAAGCGUGACAUAGAAAUCAAAACGGGAGAAAAGUGCUGCAUCAUUUACGGCCAGCUUCCACCGGAGACUCGAUCACAGCAGGCUCGGCUGUUCAAUGAACGCGGCAAUUCGUACAAUAUUAUGGUUGCUUCCGAUGCCAUUGGGAUGGGACUGAACUUGAAUAUCAAGCGCAUUGUGUUUGCGACAGUAAAGAAAUACUCGGGUAACAGUGGCGGCAUGAUUGACAUUCCACCUUCUCUGGCCAAACAGAUUGCUGGGCGUGCGGGUCGGUAUGGUAGCGACUUUGCUUCUGGCGAAGCGACGUGUCUGCUUGAAGAAGACUUGGAGUAUUUGAAAGAGUCGUACGAUGAAGUGCCGACUCCGCUUAAAUCUGCCGGUUUGUUUCCAUCUUCCGAGCAGAUGGAAGAGUUUGCCAAGCAAUUGCCAGGAAUCACGGACCUUUCUGACCUCGUGGACAAGUACGUGAUGUUGGCACGUUUAGAUGGUGACUACUUUAUGUGCAACCAUCAAGACAUGAAAGAUGCUGCGACGCUGCUGCGUGACACGGACCUCUUGCUGUCCGACCGGUUCACAUUCUGUAUGUCACCUGUGAGCCUACGAAAUCCUUUGGCUCGUAAGGUGUUCCUCGAAUAUGCACGCGCUCACUCGUUGGGACAAAGUGUCAAGCUCGACAUUUAUCUACCGAAAUAUCCCCCUCGCACAGCUGAGGCACUGGGUGACAUUGAGAUCAAGGCCAAGAUCAUUGACUUAUACCUGUGGUUGUCGUUCCGCUUCAAAGACACCUUUGCUGAGAAUGAUUUGGCUUUGGAGUUAAAGAAACAAGUACUAAAGCUUGUCGAACAAGGGCUUAUCAACACCACGUACAACCGCGAGGAGACAAAAACGCGAUGGUCCAGUGGUGCAGCUAAUGGCCGACGAUCUCCUUCCCGUGGCCAAUUUGACAGUACUCGCUUCCAAAAGCAGGAGAACGCAGGCAUUCGACAAAAGUGGAGGACUGACCGAUCAAACCGACAUGAACAAGAGUCGACAGUGCCAAUUGAGACCGCAAAGGAUGCCAAGUCUGACACUGAAACUGUGGUCUAUAUCGAUGAGAAUGGCAGUAAUGAGCCUAACAGUGGUAAAAAGUCGUGGAUUGCUCGAAUGUUUGGUCUCUAG